AUGGCAGACACAGCGGUCGCAUCCGAAGCUCCGGCACCCGCAACCCCGGCGAAGAAGACGCCAAAGGCGGCGGCGGCCGCCGCAGCAGCCGCCAAGAAGCCCAAAUCGAAGCCGACCCACCCGAAGACCUCCGACAUGGUGAACACCGCCAUCAGGGAGCUGAAAGAGCGCAGCGGAUCGUCGCUGCAGGCGAUCAAGAAGUACGUCGCGACCAACUAUAGCGUCGACGCUGAGCGGCUCGCGCCGCUGAUCAGAAAGUACUUGAAGCGCGCCGUCGCCGCGGGCACUCUCAUUCAGACUAAGGGCAAGGGAGCCUCCGGAUCUUUCAAGAUCGAUUCGAAGUCAUCGGGCGGUGGUGGCGGCGGCGCCGCUAAGAAGCCGGCGGCAUCGGCCGCGUCCGGCAAGGGUGCCGCCGCUUCGAAAACAUCGAAGAAGAGCGCCGGCGGCGCUCCGGCGAGAAAGACGGCGGCCAACGCCGGCGCUAGGACAAAGAAGGCGGCGGCCGCGGCCGCCGCCGCCGCUUCCGCCGCCGAGUCGUCGUCGCCAUCGAAGAGCGGCAGGGGCGCGGCCAACACUGCCGACUGCCCGCGGCCCAAGGCGGAGCCUGCCACGUGCGCCAAUUGUCGGGGCCCACACCCGGCAAACCACUCGACGUGUCCGGUGCGUAAGACGGAGGCGCUAAACAAACGCGCCGGCACCGCCGCCCGCACUGGCCAAUCGCGUCUCACUACGCGUGCCGCCACAACUACACAAACUGCGCCGCGCCGCGUCCUUCGCCGAGCGCCGCGCCUGCUGUCGCCACCGCGGCCCCUGCCGUCACAGCAACAUCCCGCCGUGUCGGCGGAAGAGGAGGAGGCAAGGGUUGCCACAAGAAAGUGUCUCUUGCGGCCGCGAGCCGCAGGGGCACCGCCGCUCCUUCUGGCGCCACUACCACCGCCGCCACUGCAGCUGCCACCACUACCACAGGCGCGGCCACCUGCGCCGCUGAGCGGUGCGCCGCUUCGUGCACCGAGCCGCGCACUGCCCAGCCAACUGCGGCUCCCGACUUCAACCGAGCCAUCGCCGCGAUCCUGCACAUUCUGCAGGCCGGCAGUGACCCCGCGCCGCUCUUCGAGCGUCCUGCGCGGGAUCUCCGCAACAGCAGCGCCCCAGCCCGAGACCCGCGCCGAUAAUGGGGAGCCUCCGGCUCCUAUACUGGAACGUGCGCGGUCUCAAGGGCAAGACCGCAUUCCUGCGACAGCUUUUAUCGUCGCAGGACAUCGACAUCGCGCUGCUCAACGAAACGUUGCUCCUGCCGGGACAGCGGUGUAUCGUCCCCGGCUACUUCAUAUACCGCCAGGACCAUGUGUCGCCGGCUGGCGUGGUCUAUCGUGGCCUGGCGGUCCUUGUCCGCCGCCGCCUCCCGCAUCGCCUCUUGCCUGCGUAGAGGUCGAGUUCGCCGGUCGCCCCACAGGGGUGUUCGCCGUAUACGCGCCGCCGCAAAAUCCGCUGCGCACUGCGGAUGUUCGGCGCUCACUUUCCCGCGCCGUGGAAGGAGGCGCGGGUCAUAACAAUACCGAAGCCGCGCACCGCAUUCCACCACCAACCCGGCGCGCGUCACCGAGGUGGAACGCACAGUCGCCGAAUACGUCACCCCACCCAUCGCGCCGUCGGAGGGCGCAAUCUAUUUCUCGCCGGCGCUGGUGCGCAAGGCGACGUCAAGACUGA